UCACUCAUUUCUAAAAUAUUACUUUGGUGAUUUAAAAAAAAAACUUUUUAUACUCAACGAACUUAUUUUUUUAAUAUGAGCCGAAACCUCUGUAGAUCCAGAUGUUUUGGUGCUCAUUGACACUCCUUCACUGUUGUUUGUGUUUCAUUGAAACAAAGAGACUUCUUCUCUAUAUAUAAAUCGGAAGGUUUAUGAUAGUUACUAUUAAGGAGAUUAUUUGGGUUCCCUAAUCUCCAAUCUGAGGAUUAACAGAGGCCAUUGGUGUGUCCAGAUUAUUGCGUCUCCUUUCUAGGCCCCUUAGUUGAAGCCCCCCUGUUGUGACUGAGGUAUAUAUAAAUAUAUAUAUAUAUAUUAUUUUUGUCGGAAACUUUUUAAUUUACAUUUAAAGAUAAAAAAGGUAAAUGUUUUAGGAGAACAGAACUUUGUCAGAGGAAGUUUAGAGAACCAGCAUGGAGGAGUCUUCAAUGCCCCCCAUCGAUCCCGAUUUUGAGCCGCAGAGCAGACCCCGCUCCUGCACAUGGCCGCUCCCGAGGCCCGACAUCUCGGCUGUCAAAGUAGAAGGGGCGGAUGGCGCCGAGUCCGCCGCCGGGACCCCGCCCGCAGCCGACGAGGACAAGCCCGAACCGCAGCAAAUCAUCUCCGAGCCCGAGAAAGCUGCUGCCGCCGCGGCGGCGGCGGAGGAGGGCGGGGUUGUGGCCGGCGUGGGCGGAGCCGGAGCGACGCCCCGCAAAGGAUCCUCCCGCCGCAACGCGUGGGGGAACCAGAGCUACGCGGAUCUGAUAAGCCAGGCCAUCGAGAACUCCCCAGAAAAGAGGCUGACCCUGGCUCAGAUCUAUGACUGGAUGGUGAAAACUGUGCCUUACUUCAGAGAUAAAGGAGACAGCAACAGCUCUGCCGGCUGGAAGAAUUCAAUCCGCCACAACUUAUCACUCCACAACAAGUUCUUGAGGGUUCACAAUGAGUCCACCGGGAAGAGCUCCUGGUGGAUGCUCAACCCGGAGGGCGGGAAGACGGGGAAAGCCCCCCGCCGCCGAGCCGUCUCCAUGGACAACAGCAGCAAGCUGCUGAAGAGCCGCAUGCGAGCCAAGCAGACCAAGAAGCAGGCCGGAGCGGCCGGUGGCGGCGGCGUGCUGCAGGGAGAUGGCGGCGGCGGUUCUGCCGGCGCUGACAGCCCCAACUCGUCACAGCAGUUCCCCAAGUGGGGCGUGAACAGCAGCAGCCCAUCAUCGCGUGGCAGCCUGGACGAUUCUGACAUGUGGACCACCUUCCGCCCACGCACCAGCUCCAACGCCAGCACCCUGAGCGGCCGCCUGUCGCCCAUCGCCCCAGGCCAGGAGGACGACGACAGCCUGCCUGACGACGGCCUGCUGGGCCGUUACGCCUCCAGCAGCCUGACCCCGACGCUCACCGAGACCGUCAUGGAGGAGCUGGACCUGAUCGACAACCUCACCCUGAUGACGGCGCAGCAGGGCGCGGCCAGUCCCAGCACGGCGCCUCCGGCUCCGCCCACGCCGCUGCCCUCCGCUUCCACCCUGCUGCCGCGCGGCUCCAGCUUCACCUCCUUCCACUCUGCCGCCCAGCCCGCCGUCUCCCUCAAAGAGCCGCCAGCGUCUUUCAGCAACUCCCUCUUCAACCCGAUGAGCAGCUCCAGCGCUCAUGGCGGCAGCCACUACGGUGGCCAUGUUCCCUCCAGCCUGGAGGUGCUGCUGACCUCUGACUCCCCUCCGCCCAGUGACGUACUGAUGGCCCAGGUCGGCCCACUCAUGGCAAACUCUGGAGGUCUGGGUCAGAUGGGUUUGGGUGUGCGAGCCAAACCCGCUCAGCUGCAGCUGAACAAAGCGCUGGAGGCGAACGCUGUGACGCCGAUGGCGAUGCAGACCCAGAUGCAGCCGCCACCGCCACAGCAGCAUUUCCGCCACAACCACCAGCAGCAUCAAAUCGGACUGGGGAUGAUCCUGUCCGGACUCUCCCAGGACCCGACUCCCCUCUCUGCUCUCAAAACCCACCAAGCGCAAACCAUCAGUGCUCAUCACACCGGCCCCUCUCCGGCCCCAGCAGCCAGUCAGAGCCUGAGCAUGCCGGCGGUUGGUCCGUUUGGCGCUCCGACAGGGUUCCAGCCCGGUCAGGAGCGACUGCCCACGGACCUGGACAUAGACAUGUUCACCGAGAACCUGGACUGCGACGUGGAUUACAUCAUCAACAGCGACCUCAUGGACGGAGAUGGCAUGGAUUUCAACUUUGACCCCAUCCUGCCCGGAGGCCAAGGCUACACGGGGCCGACCACCACGCAGGGCUCGGCCCACAGCUGGGUGCCCAGCUAAUCCAGCAGAACCUCAUCAGGAUCUCACCUCCAGUCAACUUAACCUCACUAAAACUGCAGAUCAACUGGUGCACCGCCCCCUGCUGGGUGAAAACAGCAAAUCCAACGUCUGACCUCACGUCGCGUGCCAAGACGUGCGGUUACAGGGAGGCAACUAUGCACUGCUUUUUUUAUUUUUCUCUAAAUAAUUUUUCUUAAUAACACUUGGCAACAAUUUGGCUGCUUUCUUAUGAACCGGAACUGAUGACUUUAUUAUUAUUAUUAUUUGUGUAAAAAAAA